CCAGCUGGGGAGACGGCGGGGGCGUGGCUUCCCCGCUGGGCGGGCGGCCGCGGCGCAGGCCCGCCCCUGUCGGCCGCUGCCUCCGCGCGCCAAAAUCAAACCCGGAGACCCGCAGUCCCUGCAACCUGCUGCUGGCGGGAGCUCAGCCUGCGCGUCUCGUCACGUUCGGCAGUGGCGGGAGCCCCAGCGCGCGCACCUGCGGCCGCCUCCCAGCCUUCCCUGUUGGAUGCACUCGGGCCGCCACCGGACCAGAAUGGCCACCCCACCUAAGAGGAGCUGCCCAUCUCCCGCGACCGGCUCUGAGGGGGCCCGCAUCAAGAAGAUUGCCAUCGAAGGGAACAUCGCUUCAGGGAAGACAACGUUUGUGAAUAUCCUUAAACAGGUCUGUGAGGAUUGGGGAGUGGUUCUUGAACCUGUUGCCAGAUGGUGCAAUGUUCAAAGUGCACAAGAGGACUGUGAGGAACUGACACCAUCUCAGAAAAGUGGUGGGAAUGUUCUUCAAAUGAUGUACGAGAAACCUGAACGAUGGUCUUUUACCUUCCAGUCAUAUGCCUGCCUUAGUCGAAUACGAGCCCAGCUUGCCUGUCUUAAUGGCAAGCUCAAAGAUGCAGAGAAACCUGUAUUAUUUUUUGAACGAUCUAUAUAUAGUGACAGGUAUGUUUUUGCAUCAAAUUUGUAUGAAUCUGACUGCAUGAAUGAAACAGAGUGGACAAUUUAUCAAGACUGGCAUGACUGGAUGAAUCACCAUUUUGGUCAAAGCCUUGAACUGGAUGGAAUCAUUUAUCUUCGAGCAACACCAGAGAAAUGCUUGAAUAGAAUAUAUUUACGGGGAAGAAAUGAAGAACAAGGCAUUCCUCUUGAAUAUUUGGAAAAGCUUCAUGAAAAGCAUGAGAGCUGGCUCCUGCACAGAACCCUGAAAACUGACUUUGAUUUUCUACAAGAUAUCCCUAUCUUAACACUGGACAUCAAUGAAGACUUUAAAGACAAACAUGAUGGUCUGGUUGAAAAGGUCAAAGAAUUUUUGAGCACUUUGUGAUUUUGCUGAAGACUACAGGCAGCCAAAUGAUUCCAGAUACUUCAGCUUUGUGUAUCUUUGUCAUUCCAUAUUCAUACAAAUCUCUAGAAAACCCAGGUUUUUUACCAUUUUUGUUCCAAGAAAAAAACUUGUUUUGAUGAAUUCUAUAUAAAAGUUUACGAGGAGUUUCUUUUUUGCUUUACAAAAAUAAAGACAUUAAUUAUCUCUCAUGACAAAAAGUCUGGAGAUAAAUGUUACCAGAAUAAGUGCUGGCUAAACUACGUCAUAAAGGAUCCAGCCUCCUUCUACCUUUCCCCUCAGCAGGUUGGCUUUUUUUUUUCCCCUGGUGCUUCUUAUUUCACUGGUGACCAGUUUCUUAACUGGGAACUUUAAUGUUACAUAGUAAAUGCUAAUAUGUCCUUUGUAAAUUAGUGUACCUAUUAAAAGUUGAAAAGUGGAGUUUUAGGAAUCCCUGAAAAAGGAUAAGGAAGCUUUAUUUUAAAUACUUUUGAUCAAAUGUGUUCCCUUCCUUCUUAAUUUAUGUGGAAGUUAAGACCAGUUUAGUAUUUAAUCACUUCAUUGAUAUUUAUUAAUGUGCCUCUAACACAUGAACAAAGGAUCGGGUCAGACUUUGUUCCCAUUUUGUAAUGGUAAAGCCUAGCUUCUAAGUCAUUUAAUCUUUUUUCUGCUUUUAUUUCUACAUCUAUGGUAUGAAUGAGGCUUCAUUCAACUUUUUGCAUGAGAUUUUAGAGGAUUAAAGAGGAAAUGAUAACUUAAAAUGUUUCUGUACUUAAAAGAUAAAUGAGUAUAAAGAUUCAAUUUAUAUGGAGCUUAAAGUAGCUACCUACUUUCUCACUUUUCAGAUCAUUCUUUUUAGAAUGGGAUAUUAGUCUUAUCGUUAAAAGAUUGAUUUAAAAUAUGAUUGUCUUUAAACUCAUUUGAGGUGAAAGUAUAGUUUUCCCUAAAUUUCUUCCCAUUUUUAUAGGUAAAACAUUAGUGGAACAUAGCAAGGGAUAAGUUUUUCCCUUUUAAGUUUUUAUUGACCCUGUACUGGGAAUGAGUAGUUUUUCUUUACCUUUACACAUGGUAAGAAGUCAAAAGAGAAACUGAAGACAAGGUAGAUUAUCUUCUUAGCAGUGUAGCGUCUUUUGUCUAGCUCUUUUUUUUAGAAAACACCUUCCUGCAUGGUAGGGGUUUUUUUUUUUUUUUUUUUUUUCCAAUGU